AUGGAUAAAGAUGACAUUUUGUUGACUACCAAUGGUAUGUUCAUCAUUGAUGAUAUUAUAAAAAAUAAUGGUGAUAGAUAUACUAAUAUCCCUGGUGGUGGUGGCACAUAUGCAGCGAUAGGGGCAGUUAUUGUAUCCCCUUCACAGGAAGUUAAAAGGAGAAUUAAGUGGAUUGUUGAUCAAGGUUUUGACUUCCCAGACGAAUUGACAGCCCAAAUUAAAGGUUUUGGAACUGGUGUCACCUUUAGAAAAGACUCUUCAAGAAGAACAACAAGAGGUCUCAAUGAGUAUAGGUUGAAUGAUCUAAGAGAUUUUAAAUACGUUACGGAGAAGAGACAAAUCAGUGUCUCAGAUUGGAUUGAAUUAUUUGGCCAAACUAAUCUUCAAGCUGCAAAAUGUAUACAUUUAGUUUCCUCAGGGGACAGAACAUUGUCAAUUCUGAAGGAAUUACCAAAUGAUGCUAACAAUUUAAUUAUAUGGGAACCAUUACCAAGUGAUUGCAUUCACGAAAACCUUGAUCGAUAUAUCUCGAUCUUAAAUAGAGAUGAACUGAUCUUUAUAUCACCUAAUGCUGAAGAAGGAGCAAGAUUAUUCAAUGUAAGAGAGCCUAAAUAUAUAGAUGAGUGUAAAAUAUUGAUAAAAAAGUUUGGUGGAAUUCUAAAACCUAGUAGCAUAUGUAUUUUAAGGUGUGGUAAACUUGGAAGUUUGGUAUUAACUGAACAGAUAGACAAUCGGCGUGACAUCAUCCACUAUCCAGCCUAUCACUGCAAUACAAGUGACAGAGUAAUCGAUCCAACUGGAGGUGGCAAUUCAUUCUUAGGUGGGUUUGCAAUUGGAUAUGUAUUAACUAAUGAUAUCCAUAUUGCCAGUAUCUGUGGUAAUGUAGCAGCUGGAUGCAUCAUCGAAGAACUUGGAAUACCCAAAUAUGAUAUCAAUUCUGAUAAAUGGAACGGAUUAACCUUUUAUGAAAGGUUAGAAAUAUAUAUAAAAUCGUUCAACCUAUCACAAGAUGCAUCGGUUGUCUAUAGAAAAAUAUAUGAACAAUAA